AAAUAAUUCACCUCCAAUUAUUGCAAUUAUAAGAUCCUCCACAUUUCUACAGAACCUUACAAAUUUUACUACUCCACAAUUUCUCCUUCUCGCUAUGUGGAGCAGCCUCCCCUCCGAUCUGCUCACCAACGUCUUCUCCUUCCUCUCUGCUGACUCUUUUGCAUGCGCCAAGUCAACAUGCAGACAUUGGCAAGCCUGUGCCUGCACCACAACUGAUUAUAACCACUACACUCGUGCCCUCACGAAGAGCCCAUUUUUGCUGCACAAUUUUCACCCUCCUUGGUUCAUAGCCUUGCCACCGCACAACCAUGGCCUCUGCUGCUAUGCCCUCAAUCCCAUCAACAACAACUGGUAUGUGCUGCCGUUGGAUUUCUUGCCGGACCCAGUUAGGCCUGUGGGCCUACUUGAGAGCCUCCUCUUGCUGAGGCCCUCUAACUCCACAUUUCUCCAGCUGGGUAUGUGCAACCCGUUUACCAGGCAGUACAAGCCCUUCCCAAUGUUGAACACCAGAAGGACCAACCCGGCUGUUGGCGUUGUACACCUUUCAACACUUCCAUUCCCAAGAAAUUCAUUUCUUAAUUCUAGAGUGUACGUGGCAGGCGGGAUGUCCGAGGCAUCCCGCGGCGGCACCACAUACGAGCCCACAUUGGAAAUGUACGAUCCGCAGCUCGACACGUGGCGAGUUGUGGGGUCCAUGCCAAUGGAAUUUGCGGUGAGGCUUACAGUUUGGACCCCAAAGGAGAGUGUGUAUUGUGAUGGGGUUUUGUAUUGGAUGACAUCAGCCCGGGCCUACAGCUUGAUGGGAUAUGAGAUUGGGUCGAACACGUGGAGGGAGCUGAGUGUGCCAAUGGCAGACGAGCUGGAAUUCGCCGUGCUGGUUUCGCGCAAUGGGAGCUUGACACUUGUCGGUGGAGGGGCAUGUGUUUUGGGAGUUUGUAUAUGGGAGCUUGGGGAGGGAGAUGUUUGGGUUUUGGUUCAGAAGGUGCCAAGUGAAUUGGAGAUGAGAUUUUUAGGGGAAAGGGGAAGUUGGGGAAGUACCAAGUGUGUAGGGAAUGAUGGGGCUAUUUAUUUGUAUAGAGAUCUUUGGUCAGGAAUGGUAGUUUGGAGGGUAGUUGGAGAUGGAAAUAAAUGGGCAUGGUUUUGGGUUGAAGGGUGUUUUUCAAUUAGAGGGAAAAAAGUGAGAAAUUUGCAAAUUAAAGGAGUUCUUAUACACCCUAAUCUUGUACCCUCAUUCAUAUUUUAAUCAAAUAAGACAUGUUGUGAGCA